AUGCGCACUUUUUUACAGGGUCGUAUAAUCGACUUAGUAAAAAUUAAUGCAACAAAUUUUACUCGUGUAACUUUUUUGGUGUUUGAUGAAGCUGAUCGAAUGUUUGAUAUGGGUUUUGAGGCACAAGUGCAGUCUAUAUCGGAUCACAUACGUCCUGAUCGGCAGUGUCUGAUGUUUAGUGCGACAUUCAAAAGUAAGGUAGAAAAAUUGGCCCGAGAAGCGCUUACUGAUCCUGUUCGCAUUGUGCAAGGAGAAGUUGGCGAGGCAAAUUCUGAUGUUAUACAAACGAUUGAAGUGCUAGAAAAUGCAGAUGCGAAAUGGCAGUGGUUGUUAAAUCAUCUUGUGAGAUUUUCAUCCGUGGGAAAAGUUCUCAUUUUUGUGACGAAGAAGAUACAUGCUGAGGAUGUAGCGAAUGGUUUGCGUGUGAAAGAUUUUAAACCUAUAUUAUUGCAUGGUGACAUGUUGCAAGCAGAGCGUAAUGAGAAAUUGCAAGCCUUUCGGAAAGAUGCAAACAUUUUGGUUGCUACAGAUGUGGCUGCCCGUGGUCUGGAUAUUCCGGAGAUUAGAACAGUAAUAAAUUUCGACCUGGCGCGCGAUAUCGAUACUCAUGUACAUCGGAUUGGUAGGACGGGACGUGCAGGUCAAAAAGGUUGGGCAUAUACUUUGGUGCAAGAGAGCGACAGAGAAAUGGCUGGACAUUUAGUAAGGAAUCUCGAGAGUGUCAAUCAGAUCGUGCCUGAAUCGUUACUCCAAUUGGCAAUGAAAUCACCAUGGUUCCGUAAUUCUAGGGAAAGAGGAGCAAGCCGACCACAACAAAGACUCGGAUUAGGAUAUAAGCCAAAAACGAAAGGUCCGCGUACCGAUACAGCUACUACUAACAUAGCUAGAGCUUUAAAUUUUGAUGGAAGUCAGAAAGAGGUGAAGAAUGUACUCGAUAUGGCAAAAGCUACUGAUGGGUCUACAAAUCGUUUGCAGGCUAUGAAAGCUGCUUUCAAGUCUUCGUUUAGCAGUACGUUUCGACCAUCAUCUAGCGAUGAAUGGGCAACAAGUAGAGCCCCAGCAACUGAUCCAACCCCAGAUUGGAAACGAAAACUUGAAGAAGCUGCCGAAGCUGUUAACCGACAAGUUGCAGCUUCGAUUAAUAGUGAUUUUAAUAUUCAUGAAGGAAGCUGCAAAAAAAGUGCUGGCUCUAGUGACGGUCCAACUUUUGGCAGCAAGAAGAGAUCACGGUGGCACUGAUCUGUGAGGCAUAUAUUCAGUAGCUACUGUUUAUUGUAUUUUAUACAUUGAUAAUAAAAAUAUGGUCUUUUGAAAUGUUGUAGAGGAACGGCAGAAAAUCUUGUAACGAGCAACCGUUUAUGAUUAUGC